AUGCCCAUCGAUGCAAAGAGCGUUCUGGGUCGGUACCGCCAGCUGGCCCCCUCUGCCUCUGUUCGAGUGUCACCGAUAUGCUUGGGCACUAUGACAUUCGGUGGCACUCACCCCGAAAAAUACGGCGAAUGCAGCAAAGAGGAAGCCUUCGCCAUGAUGGACUUCUUUUACGACAAUGGAGGUAACUUCUUCGAUACCGCAAACGCCUACCAAGACGGCCAGUCCGAGGUCUGGCUAGGUGAAUGGAUCGCUUCCCGCAAAAACCGCGACGAGCUCGUCAUCGCAACCAAAUAUACCUCCAGCUACAUGCUACACCACAAGGACAAGAUCCAGGCCAACUUCGUCGGCACCGGAACCAAGUCCAUGAAUCACUCCGUCGACGAGUCCCUACGCAAGCUCCAAACCAGCUAUAUCGAUCUGUUCUACGUGCACUGGUGGGACUACACAACCUCCAUCCCGGAAUUGAUGCAGAGCCUCAACCACCUUGUUGUCUCGGGCAAAGUGCACUAUCUUGGUAUCUCGGAUACGCCGGCUUGGGUCGUGACUAAGGCGAAUGCGUACGCGCGCCAGCAUGGACUACGACAGUUCUCCGUUUACCAGGGCAAAUGGAAUGCCGCGAGACGGGACCAUGAGCGAGAUAUCAUCCCCAUGUGCGCCGAUGAAGGGAUGGGUCUGGCCCCGUACGCGACAUUGAACGCUGGAAACUUCCAGACAGCAGAGGGCUACAAGGCCCGUGAGAAGUCGAAUGAUGGCCGGAAAUUUAUCCCCGUGUGUGCGCGCGAUAAGCAAGUUGCCGCCAUCUUGGAGAAGAUCGCCAACAAGAAGGGCGGAGGUGUGACGCUUUUGAAUAUCGCGCUGGCGUAUAUCUGUCACAAGGCGCCCUACGUGUUCCCUAUUGUUGGCGGCCGCACUGUUGAUCAUCUCAAAGGCAGUAUUCCAGGUCUGGCUGUUUCGCUGUCAAACGAGGAAAUCGAAGAGAUCGAGACAGGGUACGAGUUUGACCAUGGAUUCCCUCACAGCUUCUUGAGUGGCACUUUGUUUGACCUUUCUCACCCUCGAGGAGCUGCUGGUCCCGAGGAUGUGUGGUUGACUAAGCCAUGCGGUCCAUUUGACUGGGUCGAGCGCCCAAGACCCAUCAAGCCUCAUCAGUCGACAUAG